AUGUCAUAGGAGGUAUUAGAAGGCUACGGUGUAUACUUUUACAUUCUUUAUGUAGUCUUUUACUGUACGCCCGUGUAUGUAUAAGUAAUGAAACAUAUAUUAUAUCUGUGCGGUUUAUUGUGUUAUAUUUAAUAAAAAGUUUUAUGUUUAAUUUUGAUGGUUAAAAUUCAAAACUGAAGAAACAUGGAUUUAUCUACAUGUCAACUUCUUUUCUUAUUUUCAAUACUGAACGUUGUAUUAGCUGGUGAUAUGAUGAGGAAAUCAAUUGUUUACGACAAAAAAACACCUAAUGUAUUUUAUUGUCCAUUAAAUAAACCUACUGGUUUUGAUAAAUUGUUUGUGCAUUCAAGACCACUAAAAAAAUUAUGUGAAUUUGAUGGAAAACCUUUGCCGGAAGACUAUAAAUCUGAUUGUUUUCAAGACGUUGAUGAAACUGAAUAUGCUUGCAAAGAAAAAUACAGAAUUAUGAAGAGAUUGUCGAAGAAACAACUGGAUAGUUUAUUCGGAAAUAACGACUAGAAUAACUUUAACAAAAUAACGCUCUGUAAUGUAAGAGAUGCGUCUUCACCCACCUGGUACCGAAAACGACAAAGAGAGUACAAAAUGGGAAAAAGCUUAUAAAAAAGUUGUUAGAAAACGUAAGAGACAACAAUCACAAUAAAUAGUUUUACAUAAUGAUGAUAAACAUUAAGUAAUGAAUGAAAUACUUAGAUACUUAGUUUAUAAUAAUAUAUAAUAGGUACCUAAUAAUAUAUUUACUACAGAUAACAAAUAAACAUUUAAAAAAACUAUUUAUAAAAAAUGGUGCUGUAAUAAAAUCUAUUAAUCAAAUUUUAUUUUAUUUUGUAGUAAUAAUGUUAUUUAUAUUAUAGGUAUUAUAAACAAUUUUAAUACAAUUGUAACUCCUAAUGUUUUUUUUUUUACUUUUUAUACAUUUCAAUUUUUAAGUAUAAUAAAUUGUUAUUUAUAAAAUGAAUAAAAACAAUAAUGAAACUA